AAGCUUCUAAAACUAGCAAUAAUAUCAUAUCAGCGCUGAAAAAAAUGCAGAAGCAGCUCCCACACUUUUGCAUUACUACUUCCACCAUUCUCAUUCUCAUUCUCAUUCUCAUUCUCAUAAUGAAUCAUUCAUUUUCAUUCCAAUCUCAGAUCUGAUUUCGCACCUCUUCCAACAACUCAAUCAUCUUCUCUCACUAAAAGUUUGUGUGUAGUGGUGACUAUUGGUUCAUGGCAAGGUCAAGGCAAAAGUUUUCGAAUCAGGAUUCUUCGUUGUCGCCUACCGCUGCAAGAUCGAGGGAGUGGGAUGGUCCUUCUAGAUGGACUGACUAUCUAGGUACCGAAAUCAAUUCUCCAUUGUCAUCUACCAGCUCCAAGAAUUUCUACAAUGAUGCGCAGUCCCAGACCACCACGCCGUCCCAGUCCCAUAAGGGUCUUAACAUGCAGUGGGUGGUUCAACUCACCGAAGUUGCCGAAGGUCUUAUGGCUAAAAUGUAUAGGUUGAACCAGCUUUUGGAUUAUCCGGAUCCCAUCAAUCAUGUAUUUUCAGAUGGGUUUUGGAAAGCUGGUGUAUUCCCCAACCAUCCUAGAAUCUGUGUGAUGCUCUCUAAGAAAUUUCCUGAACACUUCAGCAAAUUGCAACUUGAACGUAUAGAUAAGAUUGCUUGGGAUUCAAUGCAAGAUCAUGCAGAACUUCAUCUACAAAGCUUGGAACCUUGGGUGCAGUUACUUCUUGACUUGAUGGUGUUCCGUGAACAAGCUCUGCGGCUUAUAUUGGACCUGAGUAGUACAGUAAUUACUUUGUUGCCCCACCAGAAUUCUCUUAUACUACAUGCAUUUAUGGAUCUCUUCUGUUCCUUCGUGCGGGUCAACCUUUUUUCCGAGAAGAUUCCAAGGAAGAUGUUGCUACAGACGUAUAACAUGCUACAUGCAAUGUCAAGAAAUGAGCGGGAUUGUGAUUUUUAUCAUCGCUUGGUUCAAUUCAUUGACUCUUAUGAUCCCCCACUGAAAGGAUUACAAGAAGACCUAAAUUUUGUGAGCCCCCGUAUUGGAGAGGUACUAGAGGCUGUAGGCCCUAUUAUUUUUCUAUCAACAGACACAAGGAAACUUAGAAAUGAGGGGUUUUUAAGUCCAUAUCAUCCCCGAUAUCCAGACAUUCUCACAAAUUCUGCCCAUCCCAUGAGGGCACAAGAUCUUGCAAAUGUAACUGCAUAUCGAGAAUGGGUAUUAUUUGGGUAUCUUGUAUGUCCUGAUGAGCUGCUUCGUGUCACUAGCAUUGAUAUUGCUUUGGUUGUUUUGAAGGAGAACCUAGUGCUCACGUUAUUCAGGGAUGAGUACAUACUCUUGCACGAGGAUUACCAGUUAUACGUUCUGCCUCGAAUAUUAGAAUCUAAGAAGAUGGCAAAAUCUGGACGUACAAAGCAAAAAGAGGCUGAUUUGGAGUAUAAUGUUGCAAAGCAGGUUGAGAAAAUGAUAAGCGAAGUUCAUGAACAAGCAAUAUAUUCCUGUGAUGCCAUACAUCGUGAAAGGAGAAUUUUACUGAAACAAGAAAUUGGAAGAAUGGUGCUGUUUUUUACUGAUCAGCCCAGUCUAUUGGCCCCUAACAUUCAGAUGGUGUUUUCAGCAUUGGCUUUAGCACAGUGUGAAGUGAUAUGGUAUUUCCAACAUGUAGGGAUUGCUUCUUCAAAAUCUAAAACUACUCGGGUGGUACCAGUGGACAUAGACCCAAAUGACCCAACCAUUGGAUUUCUGUUAGAUGGAAUGGACCAUUUAUGUUGCUUGGUGCGCAAAUACAUUGCAGCAAUUCGUGGUUACUCACUGUCAUAUCUUUCAUCAUGUGCGGGAAGAAUCCGCUUUUUGCUGGGGACCCCUGGAAUGGUAGCACUUGAUUUAGAUGCCAGCUUGAAAGGACUUUUUCAGCAGAUAGUCCAUCACCUUGAAAACUUACCAAAACCACAGGGUGAAAAUAUAUCUGCUAUAACUUGUGAUCUAUCGGAUUUUCGAAAGGAUUGGCUAUCAAUUUUAUUGAUAGUCACCUCAUCACGUUCUUCUAUAAACAUUAGGCACUUGGAGAAAGCUACAGUUUCCACUGGCAAAGAAGGCUUAUUGUCUGAGGGGAAUGCUGCUUAUAAUUGGUCCAGAUGUGUAGAUGAAUUGGAAUCCCUACUUUCAAAGCACGGUAGUCUUAGGAAGCUCUAUUUCUACCACCAGCAUCUAACUGCUGUUUUUAGAAAUACUAUGUUUGGUCCCGAAGGACGGCCUCAACAUUGCUGUGCUUGGCUUGGUAUUGCUAGUAGUUUUCCAGAGUGUGCAUCUCCUAUUGUUCCAGAAGAGGUUACGAAAAUUGGAAGGGAUGCAGUUCUUUACGUUGAAUCUUUGAUUGAAUCCAUCAUGGGAGGAUUGGAAGGACUAAUAAAUAUUCUUGACUCUGAAGGAGGAUUUGGUGCACUAGAGAAUCAGCUUCUGCCAGAGCAAGCAGCUUCUUAUCUGAAUCAUGCAUCAAGAGUUUCUAUUCCAUCAUUUAAAUCUCCAAAAGGAGCAGCUGGCUUUCCGUUACCUGGACAUGAGAGCCUACCUGAAAAUAAUAGUUCUAUCAAAAUGUUAGAAGCUGCAAUGCAGAGGUUGACUAAUUUGUGCUCAGUCUUAAAUGACAUGGAGCCUAUAUGUGUUUUAAACCAUGUCUUCGUUCUGAGAGAGUACAUGAGAGAAUGCAUUCUUGGCAACUUCAGGAGAAGAUUACUUAGUGUUUUAAAAACAGAUAAUGAUCUUCAACGGCCUUCUGUUCUGGAAUCACUGAUUCAGAGGCAUGUUAGCAUAGUGCAUCUUGCAGAGCAGCACAUCAGCAUGGACAUCACUCAGGGUAUUCGUGAAGUUUUGCUUUCAGAAUCCUUUUCAGGGCCAGUUUCUUCUUUGCACUUGUUUGAGAAGCCAACAGACCAACACACAGGAUCGGCCACUGAAUCUGUAUGCAAUUGGUAUAUUGAAAACAUAAUCAAGGACAUAUCUGGUGCUGGUAUCUUGUUUGUUCCAAUCCAUAAAUGCUUCAAGAGUACAAGGCCUGUUGGUGGAUAUUUCGCAGAUUCAGUCACUGAUCUCAGGGAACUGCAGGCAUUUGUUCGUAUUUUUGGUGGCUAUGGGGUAGACAGGCUAGACAGGAUGCUAAAAGAACACACAGCUGCACUUUUAAAUUGUAUUGACACAUCAUUGCGAUCUAACCGUGACGUCCUUGAGUCAGUUGCUACCAGCCUGCAUGCUGGUGAUAGAUUUGAAAGAGAAGCUUCCAUGAGGCAAAUAGUUGAUCUGGAAACUUUGAUUGGUUUUUGUGUUCAGGCUGGCCUAGCCCUGGCUUUUGAUCGGCUACUAUCUGAGGCUUCUGGUGCUGUACUUGAAGAAGGUGCUCCCCUGAUACAUUCACUUUUAGCCGGGGUGGUUAAGCAUCUGCCUGAUGAAGUACCAGAAAAGGAAGAAAUCAAGAGAAUAAGAUCAGUGGCAAAUAUUGCAGAUGUGGUCAAUGAUCAUGAUUCUAUUUGGGUGAGAUCAAUUUUAGAGGAAGUUGGCGGUGCAAGUGAUGGGUCAUGGAGCUUGUUACCAUACUUAUUUGCAACAUUUAUGACGUCAAAUAUUUGGUCCACUACCGCAUUCAAUGUCGACACAGAGGGUUUUACUAACAAUAUCCACUGUUUAGCCAGGUGUAUUUCGGCGGUGAUUGCCGGAAGCGAGUUUGUGAGAUUGGAACGGGAACAUCAGCACAGGUCGUCAUUAUCAAAUGUGCAUGCUAGCGAAGGAAUGGAUCCUGAACUAACAGGUCAUGUGUCAGCUGAAGCAAGCAUCAAGUCCACGCUGCAGUUAUUUGUGAAGCUCUCUGCUGAGAUCAUACUGGAUUAUUGGAGCGAAACACAUAGAUCUCAUCUUGUAGCACAGCUUAUCUUCCUAGACCAACUCUGCGAGAUCUCACCAUACCUUCCAAGAAGCUCAUUGGAAACUCACGUUCCUUACUCCAUUCUCCGCUCAAUAUACAGCCAAUACUACGCAGAUACUCCAUCAACCCCAUUGGCAAUACUGAAUUCUUCUCCCCGUCAUUCACCUGCCAUCAUACUAGCGCAUGCUUCUCCUGUCUUAAGGCAGCCUCGCGGGGACUCCACACCUCAGCAUUACACCAACGACUCAUCCGGAUAUUUCAAAGGGUCAUCAUCACAUAGCCAAGAACACAUCUAUGAGAUUGAUACCAGCAACUUAAGGAGCAUGGACAACCGGCAGAGGAACGCUCGUCGCUCUGGUCCUUUGGAUUAUGGCGCUAGCCGUAAUAGAGUCAAAUCUGUUGAAGGGUCAACUUCUGGGAGUACUGGGCCAAGUCCACUCCCUAGGUUUGCAGUAUCUAGAUCUGGUCCGUUAGCAUACAAGUAG